CACAAGUUGACGUCACCGCCGUACCGCCCUCCUCGGAGCAAACAUGGCAGCUGCCAUGGAGCUACGAUGCUGGGGAGGCGACUGGGGUCUGCCGUCCGUUCACAUCGAGUCACUCGUCGUCCUGGCAUAUGCUAAGUUUUCCGGAGCCAAAGUGAACAUUUCUCCUAUAGACUGGACAUGGAAAACUCUGACAGCAACAGUGCCCGAGCUGGUUUGUGGUGACACAUCAGUAAAAGAGCCCUCACAGAUUCUCAAUUUCUUGAGAAAACAGAGGUUUAAUGCAGACUACGAGCUGAGCGCCCGUCAAGGAGCUGACACCAUGGCGUACAUCGCGCUUCUUGAGGAGAAACUACAACCCGCACUGUUGCACACUUUCUGGUUGGAUGCAGAAAACUACGCCAAUCUGACACGGCCGUGGUUUGCCUCCCGUUCGCCGUUCCCCCUUAACUUCGUCGUGCCCAGUCGUCACGCCAACAGCGCCCGCUCCCGAAUCCUGCUGACCAAAGGGGAGGCACCGCUAUGCAGAAUUACAGAGGUGGAAGGCAAGCUGUACAGUGAUGCCAAGGAGUGCCUCAAUCUCCUCUCCUACAGACUGGGAGCAGCAAACUACUUUUUUGGCACAGUACCCACCAGCCUAGACGCUUUUGUGUUUGGAUUUGUGGCUCCACUCCACAAGGCCCACCUCCCCAACAGCCCUCUGCAAAGCCACCUCAGACAGCUGGAGAACCUCACACACUUCUGUGACAACAUCCUGGCAGACUACUUUAGCUCCGCCCAUAUGUGUCUUCCCCCAUCUGUUCAGGAAACAAUGGAUGCCAACCUCCAGAAACUAACUCAGCUUGUAAACAAAGAGUCCAACUUGAUAGAAAAGAUGGAUGACAACCUUCGCAACAGCCCGCAGCACAAACCUCAUCGACCAGAGCCCAAAUCCAGUCUGGGCAAAGGGAGAAGUUCAACACCUGCCUAAGCUGUGAAUUCCUACCCUCCCGAACCGUGCCCAUGAUCCUGCCUUAUGAACAGAAGGAAGACCGCUUGUACUGUAGAUGACUGCGUGUCGUCAACGUGAACCACAACGUAACUAACCGCAUCUAUAAAAACCAAAAGUAAAAUUUGAAAGUAAUGAUGAUGGCUUUCAUGUACGUCAGUGGGAAAGCAAAGAAAGUGACGUAAGGUUAAAAAAAAAAGGAGAAAAAAUAAAGACUGGCCACAAUGUGGCAGUUAAUGAUGGAAUGGAAUUAUAAAGUGGACACAGAACAUUCAAAUUGAAGGCAAAAAGAAAAUGAAAUAUCCUGCAUAGUAAGUAAUCGGUGCUGGUUUAACACUUUAUUUUUCCAGAAAGGAAUUGUACUUCAUUUUAUUGACUUUACAUAUGAUUGAAUACAGCCAAUGUGACGUGGCUUUAGUCCAAGAAUGGGCGAAGCAUGGCGCUGCUCUUUAAAUCUGAACAAAAGCAUAUAGAUAAUCAAGAAUUCUGGAAUAGCUAUCCAUUGUAUAUACUGUUUUGUUCAGAGUUGAAGUCUUUAGGUUGGUCAAUCACAGGGCACAUAGAGACGGACAAUCAUGAUCAUUCACAUUUGUGCAGUCACUGAGUGCAGGGGUAGAUAAUAUGUGAAAUUGGCCCUCUUGGCUAGCAGCUUUUGAAGUGCACUGGCCCCACAAUCAAAACCACUGGCCAAGGUCAAUGUGUCGGUUAUUGAUCCCAAUAGUCACGAACAAGAACAAUUUGCCUGAAUAAUGAUUUUUUUUAAGGUAAAUUUAAUAAAAAAGUGCUGCAAAACGGUGCAAAAACAUGAAUCUAGUGCAAAUAAUCAUAUUCCAACGCUAAAAUGUUUAUAAUCUUUAUUAUUAUUGUGUAACGUAGUUGUGGAACAAACUGGCAUGUGGCGUCAACAUUUACCCGUUUUCAACUUUAAAGCAACUCGAGGUUGGAAUCUUGGAGCACCCAGCAAUUCGAUUACGAUUCAGAGGCUACGAUUCCAUUAUAAAUCUAUUAUUGAUGCACCCGCCCACCACCAGUUAUUAGCUGCUUUUAAUGUUUCAUACAUUAGUUUCAAAAAUUGUACAAAAAUCCUCUCCGGCUCAAAUAAACAAUUUCACUAUCAAGUAGUGCUACAGCGGUUAAUUGAUUAAUUUGAGUGUUCGAAUAAAAAAAAUAUAUAUAUAUUCGAAUUAAAUUUUAUUGCUUCGAGUGUUCGUUUAAUUAAAGUGGCGUUGUAAUGGUUUGUUUUGAAAGCGUUUGCAUUUAGUUUUAUCGAUUAGGGUGGAUACACUGCCCUCUGGUCUGUCUUAUUUCACAUGGCUGAAUCCAACUGCUCCCUGUUAAAACCAACAUAAGCUAAGUUUUUGUGUGCUAAUGCUUUUUAUGCAUUCAUAAUUUAGUUUAUAGGCAUAUUUAGCCGUUUUAUGUGGGAAUAUGUGUCUGAACCAUUUGUUAAGAGCAUUGUUAAAAAAAAGUUAGCAUUUUAUAGUAUUUAAGUUAGCGGACUUUUGCUAUGUAAGUUAGCCAAUUGUUCUUUUGUUGUAUAUAGAUCCUUUUUUUUUUUUUUCUUUUAUACCGUUUGAGGCUCAGCUCAGGUAUUUUAAUUUUUCAUGUUCCUUAUCUGAUUACUCGAUUAUUCAAACUAACUAGUUCAUCGAUUAAUCGACUACUAAAAUAGUCGAUAGCUGCAGCCCUUCUAACAAGUUAUAAGUUCAAACCAUUAAAUAAAAUACUAAAGUCCCCGUUUUGUAUCAGCAGCUUUAAACUACAUUCCAUUAAUUUGAUGUUGUGAAUCAACAGUGAAAGUUGUUAAAAUUGCUCCCGUUUUCCAUAAUUUCCUCUUUCGACAUGUGAAAGUUUUAAAAUUGCUUCAUAUAUAUGCUUCAGAUAGAUUCAAGAUUUUGCGAAUGCGGGAGUAUUUUAGAUACUUAUUUCUAUUUUUAAAAUUUGGUUUGCUCGGAAGGUUCGCUACAACAGCCUUUCAGAGAAGUCUACUGCUUUAAGAUGGCGGCUGUUUACUAACGCCGCCAAGUCUGUCAUUUCGCAUCUAGUUCUCUUUACAUGUGCUAACGCCGCCGAGUCCGUCAUUUCGCAUCUAGUUCUAUAUAUAGAAGAUAUCUACGUCGCAUUAUGUGGACGUGGUUUGUAGCAAGGUGGGCGUUAUUUGAAGAGGCUGUCGGCCGCAGGCAGGUUUUUUUAAUCUAGCCGCAUAAGUUGUCGGUCCGUUCCUCAUUGCGUCCCGAAGACCGCGCUGACUGUGUUUUAUUACUGGUUUAUUUAGCAUAUUUCAAUAAUCGGAAUUUGGACGUUUGUGAAUCGUUCUCGAAUCUUCCACGACCGAUAAUCUAAGAAUCAGAAAUUUUGCACGCCACUAAAAGCAACAUUUGGUUUGCCUGGCUCUGCCAGACUAUUCUCCCUGUAUUUUUCAAACACUGAGAGUAUAGUCUGGAACCAGCCCAUUAACGGCCUCUCGAGCAGGUACAAAAUCAAUCGACAAAUCAGAUUCGUUUAUUUGCGUGACGUCUUCUUAGCGAGCAACGUCACUCUUGCGCGUCGAAAGUCGUCUCCACAACAACACAGAUGGUGAACGGCAGAGCCGAGAAUAUGUUCCAAUCCAUGGUAAAAUCCGUUUUAAAUUACCAAAAACACAUCGACACGAGUCAUUGACAACAGUCCGUCUCGCGCUUGCCAUGUUGAAUGAACUCCGCUCUCCUCGUAUGUUUACUUCCACGCGCAAGUCCCUCGUCAUUUUACUAACGUCACGUCUGCCCGUCGCUGAUUGGUCCACUCCGCUGUCUGUUUGCUGUGGCUUGCUCCGCCCUGGAAAUUGUAUCCGUGUGAAUGGUGGCCAGACUCAAUAGCUGGAACAGCGGUGAGUCUGGUGUACCAGGCAAACAUUUGGUAACUUUUCACUUUUGGUCGAUUUGGUCGAUUGUGCAUUAUGUAUAUGAAAUCCCUUAGGUUUGUUUCACGCUGGUAUAAUUGUAACUAGAAUAUUAAAAGUAUUUUCACUAACCGGCCACUUUAUAAGGUACCCCUGUCCAACUGCUUGUUAACACUUAAUUUCUAAUCAGCCAAUCACAUGGCGGCAACUCAGUGCAUCUAGGCAUGUAAACAUGGUUUAAGACAAUCAAACCGAGCAUUACUAUGGGGAAGAAAGGUGAUUUGAGUGACUUUGAACGUGGCAUGGUUGUUGGUGCCAGAAGGGCUGGUCUGAGUAUUUCAGAAACUGCUGAUCUACUGGGAUUUUCACGCACAACCAUCUCUAGGGUUUACAGAGAAUGGUCCGAAAAAGAAAGAAUAUCCAGUAAGCGGCAGUUCUGUGGGUGGAAAUGCCUUGUUGAUGCCAGAGGUCAGAGGAGAAUGGCCGGACUGGUUCGAGCUGAUAGAAAGGCAACAGUGACUCAAAUAACCACCCGUUACAACUAAAGUAGGCAGAAGAGCAUCUCUGAACGCACAGUACGUCAAACUUUGAGGCACAUGGGCUACAGCAGCAGAAGACCACGCCGGGUGCCACUCCUUUCAGCUAAGAACAGGAAACUGAGGCUACAAUUUGCACAAGCUCAUUGAAAUUGGACAGUAGAAGAUUGGAAAAAUGUUACGUGGUCUGAUGAGUCUCGAUUUCUGCUGCGACAUUCGAAUGGUAGGGUCAGAAUUUGGCGUCAACAACAUGAAAGCAUGGAUCCAUCCUGCCUUGUAGCAACGGUUCAGGCUGGUGGUGUAAUGGUGUGGGGAAUAUUUUCUUGGCACUCUUUGGGCCCCUUGGUACCAAUUGAGUAUCGUUGGAACGCCACAGCCUACCUGAGUAUUGUUGCUGACCAUGACCACAAUGUACCCAACUUCUGAUGGCUACUUUCUGCAGGAUAAUGCGCCGUGUCAUAAAGCUGGAAUCAUCUCAGGCUGGUUUCUUGAACAUGACAAUGAGUUCACUGUACUAAAAUGGCCUCCACAGUCACCAGAUCUCAAUCCAAUAGAGCAUCUUUGGGACGUGGUGGAACGGGAGAUUCGCAUCAUGGAUGUGCAGCCGACAAAUUUGCACCAACUGUGUGAUGCCAUCAUGUCAAUAUGGACCAAACUCUCUGAGGAAUGCUUCCAGCACCUUGUUGAUUCUAUGCCACGAAGAAUUGAGGCAGUUCUGAAGGCAAAAGGGGGUCCAACCCGUUACUAGCAUGGUGUACCUAAUAAAGUGGACGGUGAGUGUAUAUGCUUAAUGCAGUUUAGCCCGCAUGGGGCUCAGCCACUUGUUUGCUUGGCACGUUGUCGAGAUGAAAGGGCCUUUAAACAUAGUAUCACUGUCAAAUAGAUGUGUCCUUGGGAUGGGUGCUGCUGUGUAAAGAGAAAUAUGUUCUCUGCUCUCACCCAACCUUCAACAGUUACAUAGUGGGGCAAUGGACAGUGUUGUGUCCGUGACAAUGGCUAAAUUCCUGACUCAAAUGUCCAAAAGUCAGUCAUUUUGCCGUAUUUGAACCUCAGAUCUUUUUGUUGUUAAGCAGCAGCACUAACAACUCUGCUCAAUGUUUUCAUAUUGUUUGCUGUUCCUGCAUUGUGUAAAUGUCAGUUGCUGUUUUGUUUUCGUUUUUCCAGCUUGAGUCCAAUUUUUUAAUGUCAGUUGUUGGCUGCCUUUGAAUAAUUUCCCAUUGUAUUUGUUUUUGCAUUUUAGUUUAACAAAUGCAUUGGAAAUAUGAAUUCAUGUGAUACAAGAAUUUAUCUCUGCUUUUGUAUAUUCAUGUUUAACACUACAAAUCAAUCACCCUGAAUGCAAUUCUCUCAGUGCAACAGCUUUGAAAGAAAGGAUUUUGGAUGUCCUUCUAAGGAAUUCUAUACGCUCGCUUCUGUGCCUUUGUUGCUUCUUUUUAAUUGUCAUUUGUGGUCCUUUGACAUCUGCAGCUUUUGCUUAUGCACUUUGAAUGGAAGCUAAUAAGUCUUCAAAAGACAUGAAUAAUAAAAAUGAAUAACAAUGUGUUUUACUUGAACCCUUUAUAGGGCACCCAUUUAACUCAUUAGCUACAAAUAUCGCCGUUAGACGUUUAAUCCGUUUUGACUUGGAGGGUUGGCAGCAAUCAUUCGAAUGGAUUUGAAGCCUAGCGCUGUCAAUGGCACUGAAACAUGACUAAUGUUGUUAAUAAGGAGUAUGACGGUGUUUUAAACGGCAUUUUUUUUUUUUCAGUAGUGAGUAAUCUCAAUCAUUACUUUUCCCAUCUUUGCAACGCCGUUACCGUUACUGAGAAUGUGAAGGGCCGCAUUACUACAAUUUGGUUGAAGGAAAGGAGUUGUCUGAUUUUGUUACAGCUUCCUGGGAGAGCGCAGACUAGAAAGGGGGACGACGGAAAGGUGUUGCAAACGCGGCGAUGAUUGGCUAGGUGAGUCGGAGCGUUAGCAUAGCAUUCGCGUUCUCAUUAGCACUAGCGUGGCGAGCGUCAUCUUAAACUAUCGGGCAAUUAAUUAGAAAUAAUGUACUGUUUUCCUGCUGAGUGUGCAUUAUCAUCACCAAGUUGGCAUGGUCCUUGUAGACACGUACACUUAAUAAGGGUUGUAUAUAUGGAUAUACAACAUUCAGGUGACUUGAAGUUGCGCUUUGAGACCCCCAAUUUGGCCAAAUUUCAAAAUUGUCCUAUAUGCAUGUGUGAUACAUCAUUGGCAAGCUUAAAAUCUCAAUUUUCUGGGGGAAGAAAAAUGUUGAACAGGAGCGCAUUUAAAAAAAAAAACAUUUUUUUUUAAAACAGUAAAACCCUAAUUGGAGGUUAGAGCAGAAUUAAAGACGCCAUGAUUUUUAAUGAGAUAUUAUCACGUACUUACCUCUUUUCGACCCAAAAACUCCAUGUAGCAUGUAUCGCAAAGUGUCAAGACACAACUGUGAAUGGCCACAGCCGGAUUUUUGGCAGAUUUUAUGGGUGAAACAUGGUAAUAUAACAAGGGUUGUGAUGCAGAAAUUGCAGACAUCAAGGAGUGGUCGAGAUUUUCAUUUUCAUAUAUUUACCCUUUUAAACUUUUUUUUUUCUUUGUUUGGAUCGAUUAUCAUGUAAAAUAUUGGGGGAAACGGGACAGUAAUGAAAAAAAAUACAAUUAAGAGAUAAUUAUGAGGUAGAUGUCCAUGACUUAUUUACAGACACCAAUUUUGUCAUUGUGACGUAAUUUGUUUAAAACUUAAGAAUAUGCGAGUGAAUAAUUUUUUAAAGUUUUUUUUUUUUUUUUUAAGUAUUAGACAUCAAUUAAUGAUUCUGAGCUAAAAAUGACAUUUUGAAUAAUAAAUACUAUUGCUUACCUUCUUUUUAUGGCAAGGUUGAAACAAGCGGUCUGUAAACGAGGGUUCCCAGGGUAAAACGGACAAAUUAAAAAUAGUUUGGGGGGCUUCAUGCGCCAUGAAUCUGCUAUGGCAGCAUAUAGACAGAUUGUUCUAUUAAACACAACUGUUCUUUUGGCUUAAAAUACAGCAGUUUAUUUUAAAUAGGGGUGCAAGAGCAGAAACUGCU